AUGGUCCAGCCACAUAACACCGGCAAUCGGGAACGGUAUGGUCCACCAGGAAAUGAGCAGUGUUGUAAAUUUAUUACUUGGGUUCGUCUUAUUCGUAUCGUGUUCGCUGUUGUCUGCUUGACGUUCCUACAGAUUUUAUUAAAUUGUAAUACAAUGAGUGAUUGUGAUUCUCCAACCGAAGUAGAUCAGGUUGAUCAGGUCGCAGAUUCAGAAGAAUCAGUUUUACCUUGGCCAAAUUAUCAACAAUAUUUUAAAGUAUUAAGAGUCAUUGAGGAUAAUUUUUUUAAUAAGAAGCUGGAAGUGAAGUGCUUAAGUUGUGUCGGUACGAAGUGUUACAAGGUGGAUUCACGUUCAAACUCUAAUAUAAGAAAACAUUUAAGCACACAACAUCCAAAGAAAAUUGAUCACAUUGAUAAUACAGUGAACAAAAACACUACAAAGAGAUGCAAUGAUGGAUCAUUGAAGCAUAACGCUGGUAGUUCUUUAAAACAAUCAGAUAAAAAUAACCAGAUGAAACAACCAGUUUUUGAAGAUUUUUUGAACAACAAAAAAUUAACUAGUCAAAGUACUUUAGAUCAACUAUUGCAAAAAUUUAUUGUAAGUGCUAAUGUACCCUUCAGAAUAAUAGAAAAUCCUAUUUUGAAGGAAAUAAUUGGCAGAGGUUUCCCAAACAAAAAAAUUAUGACACGACCUACACUAAUGAAAACUAUUGAAAAUGAUUUUCAAGAAUUAUCAUUAAAAAUGAGAUUUGAGGUGUCCAAAUGUGCUCAUAUUGCUUCGACUGCUGACGGCUGGUCGAUUUUUAAAAAAUCAUACAUUGGGAUAACGGUCACGUGGAUUAAUGAAGAUUUAUCAAGAAGUACUCGUCUUUUAGCAUUAAGACGACUAGAAGGUUCACACACAUAUGAUAUUUUAGCCAAAGCUAUGGAUGCAGUUUACACCGAGUUCGAAAUUUCAGAUAAAUUAUCAUACUGUACUACGGACAAUGGCUCAAAUUUUGUAAAAUGUUUCAAAACAUUUGGUCAUAUAUUUGGUGAUGAAAAUACUGAUACAUUGCUAGUGAACGAUGCGGUUGAUGAUGAUGUAGAAGAAAUCGAUGCAAUCGACUUGAACAUUCUAAAUGAUGAAGACCAUGAUUUGCAAUAUGCAUUACCUAAACACCAUCGAUGUUGUGCACACACAAUAAAUUUAAUAGCAACAACAGUAAUUAAACAUUUAUUUAAAAUUCAAAAAAAGCUUUGUCUAAUCCUGCAUACAAAAAACAGUCAAGAAGCACUUUUGCCAAGUCUACCGCUUUAUGGAACAAACAAGGUCGCUCAACUAAGUCAGCUGAUUUAA